CGACACCAAUACCACUGUGGCACAUUCGCUACAUUUCAAUUUUCCUGGCUGGUCUGCGGCUAACUUCGUUUCGCUAUCAAAAUUGGUCUUCGAAUUCUCGUCGUACUGUGCGAGCCAAGAAAAGUAAGCUUAAAGAAUUAACACUCCCUCUUUCUCAUAAUACGCGCUAAGCCGUUCUGCGACACACGCAGGCCCGCCACACUGCGGUCUAAUAAACGGGUUCUUACGGAUUGCCGAUUCUCUGUAGCUGUACGGUAAUAGGGGAGCGUAGCAGCAGCAGCAGCAGCAGCAGUGUGUUUAGCCCCCGAAGUUUCCAGCGAGUGGUACGAUUGCUUAGGACGCGCAGGAACUGAUCCGCCUGGAACCAGUGGCCCGCCUUAUCGUAGUGUAACUCCCGCGAACCGAAAAACGAGAGAAUCUGGACAAUUGUUAGCCCCCCCCCAAACCCGCAAACCCACACAUACUCGAGGAUGGCUUCGUCGACAGGAGUUGUCGUUCCAAGAAACUUUCGCCUGCUUGAAGAACUUGAAGCGGGACAGAAGGGUGUAGGCGACGGUACCAUAUCCUGGGGUCUCGAGAACGACGAUGACAUGACCCUUACGCACUGGACCGGUAUGAUCAUUGGUCCGCCUCGGACUCCAUACGAAAACAGAAUGUACUCACUUAAGGUUGAAUGUGGCGAGCGUUAUCCGGACGAGCCACCAACGCUGAAAUUUCUAUCUAAAAUCAACAUUAACUGCAUCAACAGUCAGAACGGUGUGGUCGAUCACAGGAUGGUUCCGGUGCUGAGCAGAUGGAACCGUGAUUACACAAUUAAGACAAUUUUACAAGAAAUACGUAGGAUUAUGACGCUAAAGGAAAACCUAAAGUUAACACAACCUCCGGAGGGUAGUUGCUUCUAGUGCUCUUAAUUCAACUCUAAAACGAAACAAACGAUGGAAUACCCGUGAGCAGAUGUAGGAUGAGGAGCGUGAGGCGAAACAAAACGAAGAAAAAACAACUAUGCAAGUGGAAAGUUUUGCAGUGAAAGGAAAUAAAGAGGAUGCAACGCAGAUGCAAGCUGAAUGAAGUAAGACAUACACACACACAAACCCGCAGUAAGUUAUAUAAAUCAACCAAGUAAUGAUGAUGAUGAUGAUGCAGGCAGGCAGACGGAGAUGUCAGUGCGCUACUCUAAAUCGCUAACUCACAACUUAUAAGCAAACCAAUCACAGUAGGUGGUGUUGCUUGGAAGAUACUAAACAAACACACACACACACGGGAAAGAAAAUGAUCUGUAUGUGCACGCGCUAUUAAAAGUGCAGCAACAGCAGCUGAGGAGAGAAGUCAGCCAACUUUUAAAAGAAAAAAACAACAUCUCCGUACUGAGUAAACGCUGAAACAAAAAACACGGAAGCAGCUCCUUCAAUCGUAGCUAACAAGCGUGCGCUGCUAGCGAGGCAACACAGAAACGUUUGCUUGGAUGGGAAAUCAGGCUCCUUUUCGAACAGGUUCUCCUAUCCGUUGUCACUACAUCCGAGGAUCCACUAACUAGCUGCACAAGCGCUUCUAAUGUUGCUUGAAUUAAAAAAAAAAAAACAAAGUCAGCCAAGUGUGUCCGAUCGGUUGGGCUAGAAGUUGAAGAUGAAAUAAAAGCAAGAGAAAAAGUACCCGCCCGUCGUGGGUGGGUUCCUUUCGCCCUUAAAAUUGUUCCUUAUUUUUUUCUUUGCAAAAUAAGGAGCAAUCUUGAUAUGUGCCGCGGCGGAGUGGUUCGAUUAGCGAUCUUUCCAUCGGCUAGCGUGAUAAAGUUGGGAAUGUUUGAUUUUGAAGCACCAUCAUUUUUAGCUUUCCUUAUCAAACAAUCGUUUCCAUCGAUUUGUCGUACUUCUGGUCACUGUCAGCAUGAAAGGUGUGUUGAGAACCAGUUGUGUAAAAUACAAGUUCGGCGAUCAUCGUUUCAAAUAGGGCUAAACUGAAAAGGAAACUCUGUAGGGUUUGAUUGAGCGUGAAAGAAAAGGAACAAUUGUCCCGUGGAUGGAGGAGGCACACGUUCGAUGGCCGAUGAAGCCACAGCUUUACAUAACUUGUAUUAUGACUAUUGGGAAGUAAUAUAAAGUAAUCAUAGCAAAAUAAAAUGGUCCCCCUAACCGUGCAAAUGGUUUGCUGUGAAGAUUUUAUGCUUUGAACAGUUUAGAUACAUAACGAAACAGAAUAAAUCGCCCAUUGAGAAGAGCAUUCUAAACCGCGGAUGCACCGCGCAAUCUUGGGUAAUCUUUCUCAUCUUUUUUUUGUUGAUUUUUACCGUAACCAUGGUAACCCCAUUGAAAUGAAAAUGGUCUGCUAACGAUCGUUUCGGUUUUCCUUUAUACGACUAGACAAUACAAUGCUAGUUACGUAGAUCAGAUCAGAUCCAAACUUCCGACCCACGUGCGUUACUCAGAUUCAAAGCUGAUUCAGCUAGCCAUCAGGAUACUCUGCACCAACCAACCGAUUGGAUUGUCGUGUACUCGUACGUGGAAUGGAAUAGAAUCUUUGUUUCCCUUUUUUACUGGUGAUCUUCAACAAGUGUGUUACAAAGAACUGCUGACGGCCAAUUUUUAAGCUAAUAAUUAACCGACUAUAGUACAGCGCAUUGUCGUUUUCCUCUCGUUUAGUGGCUUUCUAUUAUUUUUAAUUUGAGCGCUUUAAUACAGAGAGAGAGAGAGAGAGAGAAAGGAAAAGGAAAGAAUGUGAAGUUCUUGGCCGUGGCGAACAAAAAAAAAAAA